GGACUCAUACACUCUCAGACCGCAAUAUGGCGAGAAUGCCUGGCAGCGGGCACUACUGCUGUGGCGACGACACGACCCCGGUGUCCGGAGAAAGGGAACGGGACUUGGAGGACGGAGAGGACGGAGAGGACGGAGAGAUUCAGGAGAUCCAGAUCACAGUGGACGAGGGUGAAGAGUGCGAGAAUAAAGAAAGCGAGUUGGAGCGCAAGAACUGCGAAGGAAGCGAGGAAGCGGUCCUUAUGCGAAAUAUAGACCAGCAGCAAGGGGUGCACGACGUGCGCAUGCCAGAUGCUGAUGAGGAAGAUGCGACACAUCUGUCUGCUUCGGAGCGCUCGCGUCUGAGCGAGAACACGCGCUUGGCCACGCGUUAUGCGGUUCGGAUCUUCCGCGAGUAUUUAAACGAGACGGCGCAGAGCACGAACUUCGAAAGCAUGGACAAGCACGGGCUCUGCAGAGUGCUGCGCGCUUUUUACUCAGAGGCGCGCUCCAAGAGCGGCCAGCUCUACAGCAAGUCGUCGCUGAUCAGCAUACGCAGCUCGCUCAACCGGUACCUCAACGAGCCGCCUUUCUGCCGCACGCUCGACCUGACCAAGGACCCGGAGCUGCGCAGUGCCAACCUGGCGCUCGCGGCAGUCAUACGUCGUCUGGAGGAGCAGGGCGCCGGACCCGUGGUUCAGAAGCAGGCGAUCACGCGCGCCGACCUGCGCAGGCUCUACACGUCCGCUGCGUUCAGCGCGCGCACCGCCUUCGGGCUCCUCAAUAAAGUCUGGUUCGAGACGUGCAUGUACUUCUGCACGAGGGGGCGAGAAAACCAGCGCGAGCUCGAGCAGGGCUCGUUCGGGCUCGCAGCGGACGAGGACGGGAGAAGGUUCGUCUACUUCAAAGCGCUCGGGCCGUACCACAAGUCCCGCUCUUCAUCCUGGAGCAGGAAAAGGUCAGACCUGGAUGAGGAAAACCUCCCGCGCAUGUAUGAAACCGGCACGGAGUUUUGCCCUUACGCGAGCUUCGUGAAGUACCUGUCAAAGCGCAAUCCCGCGUGCAGGGCUUUUUUCCAGCGUCCGCGCGACCACUGCGGUGAGAACGACGCGACGUGGUACGAGAAUAAAGCCGUGGGCAAGAACCUGCUGGGCACGCGCAUGCAGAUGCUCUCGCGCGCGGCUAAGCUCUCCAAGACCUACACCAACCACUGCAUUGGCGCCGUCUCCGUAGCAACGCUUCACAGCGUCGCCGGCAUCGGCUCGAAGUUGGCGCCGCUGCCCAGCGCACCGGAAACUCUCAACGGAAGCCUCGAGGCGCGCAAAAUGUGCAAGCGUCCUCGGGCGGUGAUUGAUCCCGCGAGCGUGCCCACGACGGGUUCUUCACCGAAAAGGCUUUGCGCUCGUCCUGGUGCGGAGAACGCGAGCCCUCCGGUCGCGGUCGCGGAUUCCGCGUCCCCCGUCGCCCCGACUGCGCUCGAGCACCAAGGGGAACCCGCGCUCGUGCUGUCCGCGCAGGAGCAUUGCAGUAGCGUGGCCAUGUCAACACGACCUUGUUUGGCACAGUCUCCAGUCUCUCCAGUGAGUACAGCUGGCAUCCCAACACCAGCCCAGCUGACCAAGGGGAACGCUCCGGUACACAUCGAUGUGGGAGGACAGAUGUACACCAGCAGUCUCGCUACGCUCACUAAAUACCCCGAAUCUCGGAUUGGUCGAUUGUUUGAUGGUACAGAGCCCAUCGUGCUAGACAGCCUAAAGCAGCAUUAUUUCAUCGAUCGAGACGGUCAUAUGUUUCGCUACAUCCUUAACUUUCUCAGGACUUCCAAAUUGCUGGUCCCAGAUGACUUUAAGGAUUACUGUCUGCUGUAUGAGGAGGCACAGUAUUUUCAGCUGCAGCCACUGCAAGUUGAGCUUGAGCGCUGGUGUUCAGAACGAGACUCAGGGUGUGUGUCACGCUCAUGCGAAUGUGUGGUGAUGCGUGUGGCUCCUGACCUGGGCGAAAGAAUCACUUUGAGUGGAGAUAAGGCUCUCAUCGAAGACAUUUUCCCUGAAAUUGGAGAUGUCAUGUGCAAUUCAGUCAACGCAGGAUGGAACUAUGAUUCCACUCAUAUCAUCCGGUUCCCUCUUAACGGAUACUGCCAUCUAAAUUCUGUACAAGUUCUGGAGCGGCUCCAGCAGAAGGGAUUUGAAAUUGCUGCAUCGUGUGGAGGUGGUGUGGACUCAUCCCAGUUUAGCGAAUAUGUUCUACGAAGAGAGAUCAAGCAAGUUCGAAGUGACGUCCUUACAUCAGUCAUUCAAAUUAAACAGGAACCAUUGGACUAGUGGGAAAUUACUUCCACUUUUUGUUUUAAAGGAAAGGCCAUAAUCUUUCAAGUAUAUACAAUUGGUAUAUACAAUAAUCAACUUUUCAAUGUUGACAUGCAAAAAAAAUAGAAUAGAUCGGUAAUAUCCCACUACAACAAGGCAAAGAGUUGUUCAACUUUUUGACCUUUGAUUACCAGAUUCAUCUCCUCCUGUCUCAGCAAAAGAGCAAAAACUCAAAAGCUACCCCCCUUCCAGGCCUCUGUGUGUUUAUGCAAUCAUUUUAAUAUUCUUAGAUGAAGGAUCUCUAAACAAUUUUUUCAAAUGAUGUUAUCAGAAAUCACUGCACAUACACAAAAGCACAAAAUAAAGAAAUAUGCAAAUUAUUUUUAUUCUAGUCUCUCUGUGUUUGGAAAUUAUAAUUUGAAAAGGUUUUUGUAUGUUGAAGCAAAUGAAGAAAAUUGGUUAAUCAAAAGAAAAUCAUUUUCCUUUCAUUCGUAAAGUGUUUUCACAAAAUAUAAAGCUAUUCAGGGAUUACCUCAUGACCAGAGUAGGGAAACAAAUAUGUAAAUAAUGUUUUGGUGAGGUGGCUUUUGAUCAGUUAGACCGAAUUUAAAUAAAAUUUGUUUAUUGUAAAAUAAAAAUGUUUCUUUUUUGUUCGUUUGUUUGUUUGUUUGUUUGUUUUA